CCCGCCUCUGAAGAUUUCCCCCUCCAUACUCCUGAAGGACAUCUCUGGAGGUCUAACUCGACCCCACAGAUAUACUGUGAGAAUGAAAUCUCACGAGAUUUCCUCUUCUUCCACAUGAGCCUCCACGAAAUCCCACCCCUCCCUUCUAGAGGUCUCGCGAGGUUUCCUCUCCUUCCAUGCCCCCCCUCCCCCGAGCACGAUGCCGCGCAGGAAUGUGAAAGGCUCCCGCCCGCCGCCAUUUUCUUUCUUUCUUGGCAGGCUGCGAGUAGGGCAGGAAGCGGCGGCGGAGCGGCUAUGGCGGAUUAUUCCACGGUGCCCCCUCCUGCUUCGGGCGCGCCCGGAGGAGGAGGAGGCGGCGGUGGGGGAGUCAACGAUGCCUUUAAAGACGCACUGCAGCGGGCUAGGCAGGUGUGUAAUGUGGGCACCAGCCCAUCGGUAGCUCCGACCCUCAGGCUCGGGGGCCUGGAAGCGGCCCCCGAUAGGGCCUCCUCUGAUCCUCAGCGCCGGAAUCUCCCCUCUACCUAUUCUGGGACAAAUAGGAUUGCAGCAAAAAUUGGAGGUGAUGGAGGGACAUCAAUGAAUUCAAAUGAUUAUGGUUAUGGAGGACAAAAAAGACCUCUUGAGGAUGGAGAUGGCUCUUGGACAAGUCCGAGCAGUACAACACACUGGGAGGGAAUGCCCUCUCCUUUUAAAGAUCAACCAGAUGCUAAGAAAGUUGCUCCUCAGAAUGACUCUUUUGGAACCCAGCUACCCCCGAUGCAUCAGCAACAAAGGUCUGUAAUGACAGAGGAAUACAAAGUUCCAGAUGGAAUGGUUGGAUUCAUAAUUGGCAGAGGAGGAGAACAGAUUUCACGCAUACAGCAAGAAUCUGGAUGCAAAAUACAGAUUGCUCCUGAUAGCGGUGGCCUGCCUGAUAGAUCUUGCAUGUUAACUGGAACACCCGAGUCUGUUCAGUCUGCAAAGAGACUGCUUGACCAGAUAGUUGAAAAGGGAAGACCUACACCUGGCUUUCAUCAUGGUGAUGGACCAGGAAAUGCUGUCCAAGAAAUUAUGAUUCCAGCUAGUAAGGCAGGAUUAGUUAUUGGAAAAGGUGGAGAGACCAUUAAGCAACUUCAGGAACGAGCAGGAGUCAAAAUGGUCAUGAUUCAAGAUGGGCCACAGAACACUGGUGCAGACAAACCUCUUAGGAUUACAGGAGACCCUUACAAGGUUCAACAAGCUAAGGAAAUGGUGUUGGAGUUGAUUCGUGAUCAAGGUGGCUUUAGAGAGGCGCGCAAUGAAUAUGGGUCAAGAAUAGGAGGAAAUGAAGGGAUAGAUGUCCCAAUACCACGAUUUGCUGUUGGUAUUGUAAUUGGAAGAAAUGGAGAGAUGAUCAAAAAGAUACAGAAUGAUGCUGGUGUUAGAAUCCAGUUUAAGCCAGAUGAUGGAACAACUCCAGAUAGGAUAGCCCAAAUUACAGGACCUCCAGACAGAUGUCAACAUGCUGCAGAAAUUAUUACAGACCUUCUUCGAAGUGUCCAGGCUGGUAAUCCUGGUGGUCCAGGACCUGGUGGUCGAGGAAGGGGUAGAGGCCAAGGCAACUGGAACAUGGGGCCUCCUGGUGGAUUACAGGAAUUUAAUUUUAUUGUACCCACUGGAAAAACUGGAUUAAUCAUUGGAAAAGGUGGUGAAACUAUCAAAAGCAUAAGUCAGCAAUCUGGGGCUAGAAUAGAACUUCAGAGAAAUCCUCCACCAAAUGCAGAUCCUAACAUGAAGUUGUUUACUAUCCGCGGGACACCACAACAAAUUGAUUAUGCUCGGCAACUUAUAGAAGAAAAGAUUGGAGGUCCAGUAAAUCCUUUGGGUCCACCUGUUCCUCAUGGGCCCCAUGGUGUUGUUCCUGGCCCACAUGGACCUCCUGGACCACCAGGUCCUGGCAAUCCUAUGGGACCGUAUAAUCCUGCUCCUUAUAAUCCAGGGCCUCCUGGUCCCGCACCUCAUGGCCCUCCAGCCCCAUAUGCGCCACAAGGGUGGGGAAAUGCCUAUCCACACUGGCAGCCACCAAAUCCACCAGAUCCAGGUAAACCAGGAACAGACCCCAAUUCAGCAGCAUGGGCAGCUUAUUAUGCUCACUACUAUCAGCAGCAAGCACAGCCGCCACCUGCAGCCCCUCCUGGUGGACCACCUACGACCCAAACUAAUGGACAAGGAGAACAACCAAAUCCAGCACCAGCAGGGCAGGUUGAUUACACCAAAGCUUGGGAAGAGUACUACAAAAAAAUGGGUCAAGCAGUUCCAGCUCCAGCUGGGGCCCCCCCAGGUCAGCCUGAUUAUAGUGCAGCAUGGGCUGAAUACUACAGACAGCAAGCAGCAUAUUAUGCCCAGACAAGUCCACAGGGAAUGCCACAGCAUCCUCCAGCACCACAGGGCCAAUAAUAAGAAGUGGACAAUACAGUAUUUGCUUCAUUGUGUGGGGGAAAAAACCUUUGUUAAAUGUAUGGAUGCAGACGCCUUGAUGAAGAUCUUAAUUUUGUUUGGUUUAAAAAUAGUGUUUUUGAAAAUGUACAAAAUAUCUAUCACUACUGAUAGGAGGUAAUAUUUCUGUGUAGAAAUGAAAAUUGGUUUGUUUUUAGUAUAUUAGUGUAGAUGUACACAUUCCAGCAAAUGUAUUUGCAAUUAUUAUGUGGUCAAUGCUUUGUGAUAUAAAUGUACUUUUUCAAUGUAUACUUUCACUUUUAAAAUGCCUGUUUUGUGCUUUACAAUAAAUAAUAUGAAACCUCCUGUGUCGGUAAGUUGGAUAUGUGGGUAUUUAAAGAAUUCUAGGACUUACUAGUAAUGCUGAAUUAAGGUAUAUGUACCCAAAUGAGAUUUUUUUUUCCCCCAUGAAAUCUUAGAAUGAGUUAAAAAACUUGUCAUUGGCAUGUUUUUCCCCUUUUCAGAAUAGUUGUAGAUGGAGGAUCUCUUUCAUUUAUUGUAUUUUGCUGUCUAGCACCAGUAAUCUUGAUACCUUUAUUUUCUUUCUAUUUGAUUAAAAACUGCAUGUGUUUAAAAAGGUGAUCUUUUGGCAUACUUCCAUUGCAUUAACAGUGAAAUUUCCCUUUUUAUACAUGACCACUGUUUCAGACCUGUACAGCUGCUAUAAGUUAACCUUUCUGUUUUUAAUUUGAUACUUGACUGUUUCAGCAUAACUAUUUUAAACAUUUUUCAGAUUAGUUAUAAAAGGUUUUUGCUUUUAUAAUUAAAUGUUCUAAGCAUUCAGUUUGCAGUAGUUCAUUUCAAAAAUCAGUGUAGAAAGGUGAACGUGGUUACCAGAAUUGCAUCUGACAUUGAAACUUUAUAUUUUGUUUGGGGUGGGGGGAGUGGUUGACAGAGAACUUCAUUCAGUACAGAUAAGUUCUGUUGUGUAAAUGCUCAAGACCAGUUGUUGAAUCAAAUUAUUUGAUAUACUUUUUCGUUACAUUACUGCUCGUACUGAAAAUCUGAUAUUCUGUUGAAAUUCAUUGUUUGCUGUUUGCAUAUUUAUUGGCUCUUUGCAUAUAUUAGACUACAUGCAAUACAGUCUGUCUUGCCAUUGUCUGUUGAAGUGCAGGUUUGAUCCAGCCAGUAUAGAACUAGCUCUAUAGGGGUGAGGAGGACUGUGCUGUGUAUCAUCCUUGAUUGUUCCUUCAAGGAGCAUUGCACUGUAAGUACAUCAGAAUGACAAAUUGAUGAACUGCAACAGUAUCGUUUGUCAAUGUUCCACAUAAUGCAAAUGCCAUACUUGUGUGAAUAUUAUGUUGGAAUACAGUGCUAAUAUCUUAGGAAAUCAUAACUGCUUCUUAAUUCAGAAACAUAGGUGUGCAUAUAUAUAUGUGAGCUUUAUGGGUAAGUAUUCUUGAAAUGUUCAGCAAUAGCUAAAGAAAAUCUUGUGUUAUCUAAGUAAUACAACAUUUUUCACUAGUGCUCCUGAGACAAAGGUUGUAUUAUUUAGCUUAUGAAAAUGUGCAUAUCUUGUUAAUAUGAAAGUGAUUGGAACUGCUUGAUAGACAGAAGUUGUUUUGUCUUAAGUUAGUUUGCAGACAUGUAGUGAUGCAGGUAUAUGUUAAACUAUUUUAUAAGCCUGUAUUAAUUAGCCUUAUCUUUUUGGAGCACCAUUUGUUGCUUUGAGAAUACUUUUUUAAGGUGGCUGCAUAGAGAAGUAAAACUUAAGGCUUGAAAUUUGAAGUAGUUUUAUUAUUCAGAUAAUUAGCAAUGUAUUUUAUUGUGUUUGUAGAACCUGGAGGGAACUACCUUACCCCUUUUUAGAUUAGGAAUUUUAGUAGUAGUUUGAAACAAACAGCUAGGAAGAUAUUGCAAUCUUUAGUGUAGGAUAUGAAGUUUAAUAGUUAAGAUAUUUUGCAUGAUACUUUUGUAGAUGACCUUAUAGUAGAAUGGUGCAUUUAUUACUAAUUAAACUGAACAAAAUUAAAUUCACUGGAUUCUUUAUCAUUCACAAAAUGGAGGCUGUUGAUUUUGAUUCAUUUUAAGGUAUAAAAUCUUUAUUAAUUGCAAACAGUGCAAUUAUUUAUACUUCACAGUGCCUUCCCAGACCUUCCACCUUAGGUUCUGCUGCAAAAAGCAACAGGUAAGCACAACCUAAGGAAGUAUAUAAAUACAUAUUUCAGUACAUUAAUGUUGUCCCUGUGAGAUUUUUGUGGUUGUGUAUUCAAAAGCAAUCUGCUGAUUUCCCCAAAUGCAUUCUGUUACUCAUGGUUCCAUUUCAGUGGAAAGUCUCUCAGUUGUUUAAACAACCGUUCACAUUUCUGGGUAAAUGUAUCUUUAUUUUUUAGAAAAGAUGAGUGGAUUGCUGCAAUAAUUAAACUUAAUCUGAAUAAGUCAUUUUUUGUUACUUUUUCCUCAAAUAGCUGAAUUGUAACAAUUUAACAAAGGAAAACAAAACUUUUUUCCCCCCAAGAUGCAGGAAAUACUUGGUUAGAAACUUCAACAGCCUUCACAAAUGUUUUUAUAAUUGGCAGGUCAUUAUUCCCACCCCACCCCUAAAAGCUAAAUAGAAUACUGUGUGUUUCUCUUGUCACUGGAACUGAUAACUUGACUUUUUUUAAAGAAGUUAUACAACAUAAUAUUAGUGAAAUUUUUAGAUAAACUAGUUUGCUUAUCCAUCUGAUAUAGUAGGAAAAUUGACACAAGUUUUGCAGAAUAGUAUGUCUUACUAGAAAGCAUGUGCACAAGUGAAAUGUUAACUGUAUGGCAAAUAAUCUUUUCGUUAUCUAUAUAGCAAUCAGUAUUUUCUGUUCUUUGAUACUUUAACUGAAUUGCUGUAUACUUUUGCCAGUUUAAAAUGUUUGUUUUAUUCGAUGGUCUGGUACAGUUUUUUAGUUAAAGCAGCAUCUCAUCAGUUUUUGUUUAUUCAAUAUAUAAAAUGUGCUGAUCCUUUUUCAAAAGUCCUGCUUAUAUCUAUAUCAAAGAAAAAUAUUCAAAAAUACUGCCUUCAUUUUCACACACAGUGCUGAAGAUGCUGCAAGCACCAAAUCAUAGCUCAUAAAAUCAGGUCCUGAGAUAGUUACUACCAAUAAAGAGGAAUCCUUUGAGUGUAUGCCAUUGGUGAGCCGAUGAGCACGGACCAUAGAAGGGGUCCAUGUAGAAGGUAAAAUUGGCAAAACAUGUAUCCCAUACAUAAUGGUGUAGGGUAUAAUUUUUCUGUCUGAUCACUUCUCAUUCUUUAAAGUGCUAUUUGCUUGACCAUAAAUGUUCAAUAAUCUGUUUAGUUUUAAAAACUAUGUGGCUAAUAAUAUUAAACUAUAUAUUUUAAUUUAUAUUCUUCUGAGCAGUCAAGCUUAGAUAUAUUUACCUUCUGAAAUUAAUAGUUGCACUUAAUUCCCUCAAGCCACUUCAUUUUUGUUUACUUGUAGUUUGAUAUGUAACUCACAUUUAUUUUUCACAUGAGAACUAGGUAUGUACCCUAGUGGGUUUUAAAUCCUAAGAAUUUAUUGUCUGGGGUGGGAUUUCAGUUUCACUUCCUUAAACAUGCUGCUUUUUAUUUCACCGUUACGUGAAUAUUUUAAUAAUUAAAACCUUAAAUUGAGUAAAUUUAGGAAGUGGGAGGAAAUAGAAAAGACAGGCCAGUUAUUUGGAUUAAUGAGGGAAUGUGAAAGUCAUAAUGGCUUCAGUUUAGUGUUUGUGGCAUAUUGAUUUUCAGCUCACUUAUUGCUGGACUUAUAGGCAUAUUUUAUGCUAAGUGUAGUGUUAUUAUUUAAAUCAGUCUCCAAACAGUAUUUCUUUUUAGAGGACAGAAGAUCAUUUAAAUUACUAGAAUCUUAUUUCUGAGCGAAGAUUGUUUUGUGUUUGGUAGAAAAGUAAUUGAACUUUCCAAAAUGGGACGUUAAAUAAAUAUAUCUUGAUUUGAUAGAACCUCGCAAAUGAAAUAGGAAGUUGAGAGUACCGCAGUUUUAAAAGGGAAGUAGGGGAAGUGUAACGUUUAAUAUAGUAAAAGCAUUUACAGAUCACUUUCUUCAGCCUUUAUACUGUAGGACAUGGCAUGAAAUACAAUGUCAGCUGGAAGAAUAACCUUCAUUUAGAAGUAUUAUAGUGUGUUUUGGUGUCCAGGCAGGUUGUAUUAUUAUUCACUGCACAGCCUAUCUUACAUGAAAUAUUUCAUCUUCUUCCAUAAAAGUUUUAUUGGAUGCUAGAAACUAUUUUCCCCCCUCGUGAAAUAGCUUUUCUAUGUUUCCUUUGCAUGUUGUAAAUUGGCAAAAUUUGGGUCUUCCAGUAAGCAUACAGUUGACAGGGUUCCCUCAUCCCUAGUAAUACCCUAUAAAACUCUCAUGUAUAUGCACAUAUUUCUCUUAUGCAUGUGAGAUGCAUUUUCGUCCUGAGAAAAGUGUUCUCUACAGAAACUACCCGUGUGUAAAAAGAAGAUUGGCUUUAUAAGGCUACUGUGAUGGGAAGUGUCUUAGGGAGAUGCAGCUUGGACUUGAGGUAAAUUGAAUGCUUUACAAAAUGUGGUUUUGAGCUUGCAUUAUUGACAUUGUAUGUAAUAUGGGUACACAUUAACUGUAUAACAUUUUUGUAUGGUUUUAUGGUUUUCUCAAUAAAUGUAAAAUGAUGGAUAGUA